AUGGAGAAUUGUGAUACUAAGGUUGUUAUCUUUCUGGCAUUUGAUGUCUUUUUUGCCAUCUUCUGUGUUGUUUUGGCAUGCUUGAUCGGCAUUGCUCUUUGUUGUUGUCUGCCCUGCAUCAUUGCUAUUCUCUAUGCUGUUGCAGGACAAGAAGGUGCAUCAGAAGCAGACCUUAGUAUACUUCCAAAAUACAGAUUUCGAUUAUUAAACAAUGAGGAGAAGGAUAGCGGUGGAGCUGGAUCGAUGGUUCCCACAGAAACCUCCAGUGGAUACUUGGAUAAUGAACGGAUACUUAUACCUGGGGAUGCGGAAUGCUGUAUAUGCCUCUGUCCAUACGAGGAUGGAGUGGAGCUUCACACUCUUCCCUGCAACCAUCAUUUCCAUUCUUCAUGCAUAGUAAAAUGGCUAAAGAUGAAUGCAACUUGUCCUCUUUGUAAGUACAAUAUCCUCAAGGGAAACGAACAAGUAUAAGUAUAACACUUUACUGAGUGUUUUCAAUGCUGUUGUGUAUAUGUAGAUAUUCAAAACAAGGAACAUCCACUUUCUCGGUUUUGAUAGUUGUUUUUCUUAUCUAUUUAUGUAGAGAAGAUUUAGGUUAUAUAUUCAUGAAUAAGUUAGUGAUGUUACUAAAUUGAGUAAUAUGUUGUUAAUUGUUAGAGUUAUUUGAAAG